UGCAAGUGAGAGACUUUAGAACUGAACUCAGAGGGAAAGCGUCUUCAGAGUUGAUCUGAAAAUUGAGACAUUAACAAGGAGAUGGGCAGGUGAUUUUGAUGCCAAAACUUUGCUAAGGAGAAGGCUCCUGAAUACCAGCAGCCAGACUGGGUGUGAAAGAUGAGUUAGAAGUGGAAAAUGAGAAAGGAGAAAGGGUCCAGCCGUGAAUGGAACAGAGCAAACACAGAGGCCUUUAGAGUAAGAAAGAGGGGCUAACUUUGCCCAACAUUUGGAAUAGAGCAGGACAUCGUGUAUAUAUAGGGAUAGCACAUUUUGGUGGUGAGAAAGAAGGUGCUCCCUACAAUGAGCCCAAGCUGGAAAUGUGCUGAGGAUGGAAAGGUUAGAACAGAAAAUCAGAGGGGCUUGAAUGACAUUGUUCAGGAUUGGGUGAAGAAGGGAGCUUGGAAGAAGUGAAUUUGAGGGGUCCUGAGAAGCAAUGGCCACAGAAGCCCAUGUGAAUAUAGCACCACCUGAACACAGUACUGUCACCAGCACAGCAGCUGACAGCUUCGUUUGGCAGCCAGACUCGCUUAAAAUGCAUGUCAUCAGGCCCAAGUCCGCCAAGGGCCGGACAAGGCCACGUCUCCCCAAACCGCAGGGCACAGAAGAGUCCGAUCACCAUACGCUUUCCUGUCCAUCUCCAGCCAAUUCCAGUGAGUCACCAAGCAGCCAGAAACUAGGAGUCUGUGCACCCACAUUGGCAGCUCAGGGAACCCCUGGUGAGAUCCCUGAGCUGCUGCAGCAAGUGCCCAUUGGGGCUUCCUCUUCUCUCAAUAAAUACCCAGUCCUUCCUUCCAUCAACAGAAGAAGCCUAGAGGAGGGAGCUGUGGACACAGCUAAAAAGGCCAGCUCACCACAGCUGAGCAGCACCCAGGCCUACUACCAAGAGGGGGCCUGCUCCAUGAAGACAAGCAGAGAAGAUUCCAGAGCUCAAGCUCAAAUUUCUACCCUAGAGAGGAAAUUCAUCCUCCGAACCAAGAGGCAGGGUGCCUCCAGGGCUGGAAACCUGGAGGAACCAUCAGACCAAGAGCCAAGGCUGCUGCUCGCUGUCAGGUCACCAUCAGGCCAAAGGUUUGUCCGCCAUUUCCGGCCAACUGAUGACCUGCAAACAGUUGUUGCCGUGGCUGAGCAGAAGAACAGAGCCACCUAUGGACACUGCAGCAUUGAAACAAUGGAGGUGCCCCGGAGACGGUUCUCUGAUCUCACCAAGUCUCUGCAGGAGUGCAGGAUCCCCCAUAUGUCGGUGUUGGGCAUCACACAGGAAAAGUGGGAAGGGUGGCCCUGAGUCCACAGCACCCAACAGGAGUCCUGGAUCUCUGAGCAAGGAUCAUGCUUGGGUGCUGAGGCCUCCCAGGCAGCCUAGUUCCAAGUGCCAUGUGAGCCUGGUGCAGCUGUGACCCUUGGGCCUUGACGCCACACAGUGUCCUCUGAGGCCAGAUACCUGCAUGUGUGCCAAGUGCACUGGGAGGACUCCCAGCCAUUACAUUCAGGUCACCCCCAGGGCUAGAGGUGGGUACCAAGGCUCUUCCUGAAACAGCUGCAGCCAGGCCUUCUCCGUCUUACAGUGUUGGGGCCUUCCAAGACUGGUGCUUUCUGGAGCACCUGCUGCCCUUACGAUGAACUCUGAUUCUGGAAGCCAAUGGUUUGUCUUUCUGCAUUUGACUAGGAUUAAAUACUUUCAAGAGAAGAUUCUAGUCUGGUAAAUAACCAGGGUUUAGAGAAUAUUUGGCUGGCAUUUGUAUUUUUCGCAAGUAUCUUUAAGGAAUAGGCUGUUAACCCUACCUUCAGAAGCAGCCCCUCUACAGUCUCUUGGGGAUUCCUGUUUGCAUGAGGUGACAUCAAGUGGAAGAAUAGUUCUCCCACUAGUACAAAGCCCCAAACAUUUUUCUAAAGCAGUCCUGGCACUAAAAGGUAGGUUGUUCAUAUGCCUGUGGAACAUUUUUGUUAGACACUGACCAGGUUUGUGGCUUUUGGCAGCACUUCUCUGUGUGUAGAAUUCUUCUAAAAUUGAGACAAGCCAGUUUGAUCUGAUUUCUUUUACUUUUGUCUGUAAAGGAAUCUUUUGUUUUCAAAAUAUACAAACCUAUAUGUCUGUACAAGGGCCCCUUGGGCUGCCUGAGGGUGAGUAAUUUAUUUUAUUCCCCUAUUUUGGUUACUGACCCACUUCAGACAUAGGAGAUUCUUUGCACAGUGACUGCGCACCCUUUGGUGUGAUUUCAAAUACUGGGCAGGAGGAGGAGGGCACUUCUCUGGGCGUGUUUGCUGUCCAGUGAGAGACCUUGACCAUGGAGCUGGCUCACUGGCAUGGUGUGCAUGUCAUCACCUUAGCUCAGCUGUCCUGAAGACUGUGGCAUCUUAUUUUUCCAACUCUAAAGUGGAAAUGUACAAAAUCUGCCAAAUUUCUCUCACAACUCAUCUGGAUUCCUCUAUGGCCAAAUCAUUCAGAGUAAGCAACAUUCAGACCUUCUGAGCACCUUGUCCCUCCUGCCCUAGAGCACAGCCAUCACAAAGCCCUGGGCACUGGUACAUGCCCCCAUCUCCUAGAUAGGCAGAGAAGGCAGCAGUUAGGAGUUCUAGAAGCACAUACAUGUUGCUACCUUAGCAACAAGGGCAUCUUGUGCAUAGAUAAGACCAAUGGUUAGAAAUAUUCUAGAACCCUGACCCUUGGUGGUGGCAAUUACCAGCACGUGGUUUUCUCUGAAAAAGGUUCACCUGUCCCAACUGCACCCCAUACCACCCAUAUCACUCUAGAAUAGGUUAUUUCUGAAUAUUUGCAAAAUUUCUUAAUACAUCCUUGUUUGGUCAGCCACUGCUUUGAUUGGAAAGAUCAGCAUGGAGUGUAAGGCUGGCUAUGCCUUGGAUAGGCCCAUGCAGCUGGGCAUCUCUUCCAGUCCCUGACCAUGCAGAAGGGAUGAGUGGCUUGAGCCUGGAACUACAGUAAAGGAAUUUCAUCUCCCACUGGAACACAAACACGUAACUUUGCCUCUGCCCUAGCAGGCUGGGGGAAGAGACUCCCAUAAAAUCACACCCACCUCUGAUAGGAAUAAAAUCUCACCCACCUAUGACUUGGUAAUUUCUCCGGACAGGAAAGCUUUAGAAAACUUGAGUGAAAUGAAGCCUGUUGAAGGAGUCAGAGUCUCUUGCACUGAGAGGUUUGCUGCUGCUAUGUAGCUUAGAAUUGUGGGUGUUAAAAACAUGGGAGGCAUGAAGCAGAAACAUUUUAGAAUAUGUAAAUAAGGCUAGAUUUUAUCAUAAACAGAUUUUGGACAAAAGAUCAUGUUGGUAACAAUAAAAACUGAUUUGUGU